ACUGGUGCGGGAUCAAGGCUGGCUGGUUGACCGUAAAACCUAACAAAAGACUACUGUCACUGAGAGAGGCCCUGGAAGUUUUGAGCAGCUCCAAAGAAAGAGAAUUUCAAAGAUUCAACAAGAGAAAGAGGAGCCUUUACACUAGAUCUACAGCUAGGAGGAACUGAGCUGUAGCUGUUAGCCUGAUCAUUUGGAUACAAGAUCCAGUAACCCGAGCAGAUAUAAUUAGAGAAGUCUCAAAUUUUAAGUAUUUUUAAAGCAAGCAACAUGGCAUCCUUAGUAGAAUCAGGAGCUGAGCUCCUGCCUCACUUAGACGAAGAGAAGAUGCAGUACAUGGCUUUCACUGAAGCGAUAUCAUUCGCGGAACAGUUCGAGUCCCCUCUAUACGACCUUCAUGAAGAGACGUUUCGAGAGCUCUACCUUCGCCCUUCUCCUCCACUCUCUCCCGACGACUGCGAGCCGUCCUGUAGCCAAUCACCAGUAGAAGAGACUCCAACGAACAGUCAACCGAACCAAGAGCAGGCGAGAGUGCAGGACAAUAUCUCCACUGAUGCUAUGGCCGACUCGUUGAUAUCCAACAUCAUGGAGUAUGAACAGAUCAUGGAUGCGCUUCAAGAAGCCGAAUUUGCUCUUUCCUCUGGUUCGAGUCAGCCUGCUGAAGACUUACUGAUACAGGAUUGCAUGUGGAGUGCUAGCAGCAGUGAUGAUAACAGAACAAACUCGGGAGGGACUGAUAAGAAUAGUACUGAUAGCUCCUCGACAUCUCCAGCAACUGGUACAGAACCUUCUUCUUCAUCUGCUGAGUGUUGUGUCGUAAAACCUUCUGCUGUCUUUCCCAACCUACAUCAUGCAGCACCACAAACUGUACGAGUACCUAACAAUACUCCUGUAGUUCUCUCCAAUAGACUCCAAUCUAUACAAUCAUCAUCAGAAUCAGGUAAGAAAUUGUAAUAAUAAUAAUAAUAAUAAUGUACAGUAGUA